GGCCGAAUUAUAGAGAAGGCAAGAUAGUCCGAAAACCUCAACUACUCUGCGCAAGCGGGAAAAGUAAAGCGGACAAGGGAGGGAGAAACAAUCUAGGGCACACUUCUCUUCUCUGCUCUCUGCUGCAAGAAGGGUUCAUAGAGAGAAUUCCGUGUAAAGAUGUCAGGGAGGAAAGAAACUGUGCUAGACUUGGCAAAGUUUGUCGACAAGGGCGUCCAAGUCAAGCUAACUGGGGGUAGACAAGUGACAGGGACUCUGAAAGGGUAUGAUCAAUUGCUGAAUCUUGUCCUGGAUGAAGCUGUAGAAUAUCUAAGAGAUUCUGAUGAUCCUCUGAAGACCACUGAUCAAACCAGGCGCCUUGGCCUAAUAGUAUGCAGGGGAACUGCUGUAAUGCUUGUCUCACCAACCGAUGGUACAGAUGAAAUUGCUAACCCGUUCAUCCAGCCAGAUGGGGCCUAACAAUAUCUUUUCUUGUAUAUUCAAAGCCGCUAACUUUGAAUCUCUAUGAUAUUUUGGCUUGUCCUCGUUUUGAUUUAGAUAGCUUCCUCAUUGCAGAAUAGGGAAUUUGUAAUGAGCUUCGGUUUGGAGUUUGGACUAUUUUUUUGCACUAGAAGUUUUAUUAAAGUGAAUUGCAAUUGUAAAAUUUUUAUCAUACCCUCUCUCUUCUUAUAGACGUCUGAGAUGGAUUAGAGCACUAUUAUAUCAUGUGAUGUUGAGUUCUAA